GGCUGCACUGCAACAUUUGAUUCUGCCUGACAGCCAUGCACGAGGAUCCUGCAACAGAAUCAAAGGGCUCGCUGGACGUCCCCGAUGAACAAGACGAUGGCUCGCCAGCGACUAAAUCAAGUGCUACAGCUAACAUCUGGGCUAAGCCAAUGCCCGAUCCCGCGUAUGACCCUGGAGAACAGGUCUUUGUUAGCGCGCUCUGCACGGAUGGCAAGAUGCGCAGAGUGGAAGCGAAAAUACUAGAGCGUCGGGAACAAGGUCAAAGGUGGGAGUACAAGUUGGCAACUCCAGCUGAAAAUCGAUGGUACAAGGAGAAUGAAAUAGAGUAGCAAGCGAAUCAUUCGUUUCGACUCAUUGCCACCCGAGCUCAGCCUUGCUCUUAACGACUACGCCCAGGUGGUAUGCAGAAUUUUGGGGGUGAGGUAUGUAUCGUGGUAGCUAGUAUCAGGCUGAGAAUUACGUGUUCAACAACAGGGGGGGGUGCGAUGAAGAUUCUGUGAUAUUUGACAAUCCGGUCGAGCAAUUUAUUUUUCGAGAUCCUGGCGAAUAUUUCCGCAAUUCAUUUCACAUAAC